AUGUCAGUUUGUAUAGUUGGUGCCGGUGUUAUUGGUUUGUCAAGUGCGCUGAGACUACUGGAAACAAGACCCGAUAUCAGGACUAUAACAAUUGUAUCCGAACAAUUCCCGCAAGAUCAGCCAAUCAAUCAUACGUUCACAUCACCAUGGGCAGGUGCUCAUUUUAGACCAUUCCCACACAGAGAUUCUGAUUAUGCUUCGGAUAAACGUGAGAGUGAAUAUACCAGAGUGACUUAUAACUAUUUCAAACGUAAAUCUAAGCAGUGGUUGAGUGAGGCCACUGUUGAAUUCAUGAACGGGAUCGAUUGGUUAGAAAAUCCGAGCAUCGAAUACCAACGCUUAGGAGCAGGGUAUAAUGGAUCCAGCUUGGAAAAAUUCCAACAGCAAGAUUCCAACUUGCCUGCAGGUGUCACUUUCGGUUGUAGCUAUGAAACGUGGUGUUUGAAUGCUCCAUUGUAUUUACUGUUCCUUUACGACCAGGUAAUGAAAAAGAGUGAGCAACAGAACGUUAACAUUAGAGUAAAGAGAAUCAAGCUUGAGAAAUUAAAAGAUAUUUGCGAGCUUUACCCUGAUGUUAAUAUUGUGGUCAAUGCUUCAGGUUGUGGGUUACAAUGGGAAGGAGGUUUAGAUCCUAAAUGUUUCCUUGUCAGAGGUCAAACUUUAUUACUUGAUGUUGGUGACAAGCAUGACACCAUACCAUAUGCACAUGCGACUAUCACACAUCAAGCAAAGAGUGGUGACUGGACCUUCGUCAUUAAGAGACCUGGAAAGAAUGGCAAGAAGGCAUAUUAUAUUCUUGGUGGUACCAAACAACCUGGUGAUUAUAGUGUAAUGCCUCGUGAUACAGAUACUGAGAAGCUCAUUGGAAGAGGUAAGAAACUUUUCCCUGAAUUGCUUGAAAACUUCGAAAUCAAGAACGUCAACGUUGGUUUCAGACCGCUAAGAGUAGGAGGUUCGCGUGUAGAACUCGAGUUCAAUAAGAGUCCUGAUGGAGAACAAAUGCCAGUUAUUCAUGCUUAUGGUCUUGGUGGGAUGGGAUUCGAGACCUCGAUGGGUGUUGCCUACCACAUUCAAAAAUUGUACAACAACGUCUUCUCCACUUCAAAAUUAUGA